AUGCGCAGCUCCGGCGGCGCGGCCGCACCCCGCGCCCGGGUCUGGCCCUGCGCUCCGCUCGCCCGCGCUGCUCCGAGUGGCGGCUCAGCCCCGUCGGCUCAUGGCAGGCGGACGCGUCCCGGAACCCUCAGCGUGGCCCGGCCCCGGCGGCCCGGGCAGGCCCCCAGCGCCGUCGAGCCGCCUCCGCCCUCUGCGCCCCUCCACGCAGGCUGCAGCGGCGACGGAGAGCGGGACGCGCGGCGCCGAGCCCCGAAAAUAACAACCUGCCGCCGCGGUCCCUGCCCCGGCUUUUCCCGCGUUACAUUUCGCGCCUGGGCGGAGCCAGUCACCCGGGGCGGGGCGGGGCCGGCUGCGCGCGGGUCCUGGCCGCCGCGCCAUUGGCCGCCGCGCUCGUGUUUUUUUCCGCCUGGAGGGCCAACUGCGUUCGAAACUCCGGGGCGGCGCGCGCCGUCGGCGCUGGCCGGUCGCCCGCCGGAGCCCCGCCCCCGGCCCCGCGCGGGCGGUCAGCGCGGCCGCCGGCCGGAGAGGGCCCGCCGGCGGCUGUGGGCCGCUCUUCCCGCGCGCCGGGAGUUUAAAGGGCUGCGGCCCGAGGCCUGCCUGCCGCGCGAGGUGCCAGCGGACGCCGGCGGCGCGGCUGCCCAGCUGUCGCACUCGCUGUGUCCCGGCUCCGCCCGCGCCCGCCGCCUCCACCGGGCUGGGGGCUUCAGCCCCGGCCGUCGCCUCCCCGCCUCGCUUUCCCGUCUGUGUAAAGCGAGGUCGUUAGGAAGUGGUCUCCGCCGCCCCUGUGCUGCUCGGGCGCCGAGGGGACAGGAACGCGGGCGUGCGCCCUCCCUCGCCCGGGGCCACCCCCGGCGUCCGCACCGGCGUGGAGCUCCGGGGCCGCCGGGUGCGGUCGUUCCACGCUGUGCGUCGCCCUCGCCCGGGGACCCCAGCCCGCACCGGAGGGGUGGCUGCUGGACGGCCCGGGAGCCGCAGCCUGACAGUCGCCCGCCGCGCGCCCGCGGGGCUCGGAAGCACGGCCGGCGGAGGACGCGGGGAGGUGGAGCGGCGGCCGCGCUCGCUGCAGCGACGGACGUGGCCGUGGCUGUGUUGCUCUUGGUUGUGUUGCCGCGGCCUGGCCUGACUCGUGGUGGGCCUUCGAUCAGUAGUAGCUGAGUGAAUGAAUGAAUAUCCAGCAGGCCUCAGAGUACAAGAUGAAUCAUUCAGAACCAGGACACUGACUUUCUGCUUCAAAAAAUUACUCUUCAUCAACAGUAACCUGGCAACUGCACUUGCUCGCCACCACAAGAGAAUGAAAGACAUGCCAGGAAUGUGCAAGGUGGGCAGAGGGUGAUUCCAGGAGAAGCGCUGAGGUCAUGCAAGAUCUGCUUGUUUGGCUCCAUUUUAGUGCAACCAGGAUGCUGAAGUAUGCGGAUCAUAUCCCUGAUGUCUUUGUUCUGCCCCAGACCUUGAACAUCCCGUAGUGUAUACUAACUCUGAAGAAUACUAAAAGCCAUCUCAGGAUACUUACUGUGUUAUUACAGUAGUCUUUCCAAUUGUUGAAAAUGUGGGCCUCUUCUCAUAGAGAUCUAUACCUCAAACCCUCUUUUCAAAAGAUAUUUUAAAGUUUCAAGAUGAAAUCUGAAUAAAACAAAGCAAGAUUUAUUUGCACUUUGAAAACAUGGUAUCAAUAAGAGCAUCUGAAGCUGCUUGAUUCCUACAAAAUCUUCUAUCCUACUUAGUGUGGGAGACAGCAUAAUAUAAAUCCUUUGAGAUGACUUAUCUUCACAGCUAAAAGUACAGAUAAAACAGCUUUGCAAAUAGAUGUAGACAAAACAGGAUAAAAAUGCCUGACAACUUGUUUGGAGAUUAACAGGAAGAUAUUUUACCAUAAAAACUCUCCAAAAUAAUUUUCUCAGUGUUCUAUUUGGCAACAAACUCAAACUUGAGUUCUAAAAAAUCCUCUUACAAAGACAAAUCUGGGGGAAAAUGGUUUCCUAUAACAUUUCAAUGGAAUUUUUAAGUUUUAACCACAGGAAAAUAUCUGCGUAGAUCAGGUACAUUUUUCAUCUGAAAGAGCCUUCCCCAAAACGUUUCCCAAGAACCUUGCCCAUGAGAUAAAGAAACAUUUUAACAUCAGUUUGCCAUUUCUACGGUCACAAAUGCCCAAAUAUCUCAUAAUGAGCAAUGGUGGUAUUGCUGAUUUUCUUUCAGUUUCAAGUAGGAGAUCUAACUUGGGUUGCAAGUAAGAGUAAGCCUGUCAGACCAGCUUAGAGAACAAAGACAGAAUUAUUCAAAGGAAACAAGGGUGUCUAAUGGACUCCCAAGUCAGGAUUAGAACCUGGAACUGGACAUCAGAACCCUUUGGGGACACAUGGUUUCUGGCCUCAGUUCCUCUCUCUUUAGAUAUGCUUCAUUCUUGUCUCUCUGUGCACACAAUUCUUUGCUUCUCCUUGUACACAGCUAAAUGUACACAACCGUACACCAGCCCCUGAGUUAUUUAUGCUGCACAUAUUCCAGCCACCAGCAGAAAGAGAGCGGCAUUUACAAAUCUGAAUUUCAAAUUGCUAAGAGGCAUUUGAUUGCCCAGCUUGGAUCAGGUGGUCCAGUCAGCAGACACGAUGCAGAAGUCAACAGGUAGACUGGAGUCUAGGACCUGAAGGACUGUUCUCAGCGAAGGGGGAGGUGGCUUGUAGAUGGCACUGACAAUGCAGAAAGUACGUCUUUUUUGGUGAGAUGUGUUUUCCACUUAGCAAUAAAUCAUGAAUGUGUGUUAUA